UGUAGAACACCUGGGUGUUCCAUCCAAUGGUCACUAUGUUUGUAUUAUCCGUCCAUCACAAACUGAUUGGUUUCUGUUUGAUGAUUCUAAGGAAAUCUAUCUACAGCUUGUAACAUUUUUGUAUAUAUUUCGUUCAAGUACAUGGUUCUAGCGUCUAAACUUUUGUGGUACAGGUUAUGAAGAUUUGCAAAGAUAGAGCUUUGGACAGCGAAGCAUACCUUCUAUUCUAUGUCAAGCAAGGUUCAUCUCCGUGGUUCUCUACCUUACUUAAGAGAAAGAAGAACAGUUCCGGUGACAGCGAUGAGGGCAGUUACAGUUGUAGUGGCAGUGACAGUGACAGUGAUGAACAAGAGAAUGAGGGUUCUCCCGAAACCCCGUCUUGGUGUAAAGAUGAGGUCAGGGAUACCAAUGAUUCUCCAGAUGGAGCACUGGGUACCUUGGGGCUCAGAUCAGUCGGCCCCAACUCCGACAACAUUUCUAAGGGCAAGUGCAUUACCAGUAUUGUCCAAGAGAAAGCAAUAGAGGACGAGCCUAUCAAGCAGUUUAAAGACAUGCUGAUUAAUAAGUUACGUAUGGCUGGAUUAACUGGAAGUGAGAUUGAGGAAGCUGCUGCUGUCAUACUUGCAAGAACUUUGGAAGAAUCACAGAUGGUGUUUGCACUUAAGGCUUCAAGGAGAGAGUAUAUCGUUGAAACGCUCGAUGAUAGAGACAAAACUGGAUUAAAGAAGCGCAGGCGAAACGACACCAAAGUAGAAGGACACGAGCUUGGAGAAGUAUCUAGGGAAGAAGAGGAGUCCGGGGACAUCGCACUUUGUGACUUUGAGCACUUCUAA